AUGGGACUAGACGAAGCAGGGGUCCAAAGGAAAUUGCAGCUACAAGAGUUAGAGGAGAUAAGAAAUGAAGCGUAUGAGAAUGCCACGAUCUAUAAAGAAAAGAGUAAAAUCUUUCAUGAUCAGCAGGUUUCUAGGAAAACUUUUGUAGUGGGGCAAAAGGUCCUCUUGUAUCACUCAAGGCUUAAACUUUUUCCCGUGGAGAUCCAAAGUUUAAAAACGGAGAAAAAGUUCGUGGUGAAUGGCCAUCGUCUCAAACCUUAUUAUGAGGGGUUCUCUGUUGAAGAAGUGGAAGUUAAACACCUCCAAGAUCCACCUUAUCAUGCUUGA